UCGAUAUGAGCGUGGCAAUUCUAACGGUUAAUGGCGCCCUUUUGAUUUGUAUGCACCUAAUUACAGAAAAGAGAUGUUAACAAUGCAACUAAUGAGCAUUUUAUUGCUUGGCUUUUGUUUACUGAAUACCUCUGCUUCAGCCGAGGAACUGCUCGAGCUCAGUUGCAUCACGGAUGCGCAGUGCGCCAAGUAUGAACACGCCAGCUGCCAGGACUCGCGCUGCAUUUGCACGGCACAUGGCGGCGACAAGCGCAUGGAAUGUCAACCCAAGGAUGAAAAGGUGAGCAACAUCAUUGGCGGCCCGUGUCCCUGUACUCAACCGGGUGCCGAAUGUGAUGUACAGACACAGCAGUGCUACUGCGCCGCCAACCACGUGCCCAGCGUGGACAAGCGUCGUUGCCUGCCACAGCAAGUGGCGCUCGAUGGUCGCUGUGAGAUGUCGCGUCAGUGCCAGCUGGCAGACACGUUUUCCGUGUGCCACACAUCGCGGAAGCGCUGCAUAUGCAAGGAACAUUUUGAGCCGCAUCAGGGCCAAUGCAUUGCGAUCCUAGAUGUAAACUGCAGCAACAGUACGUUUUGCGGAAGUAUUGGUGCUUCAAUUUGUUUGCCGGAGUCCAAGAAAUGCGCCUGCAACAUUGACUCUGUGUCCAAUCACAACAUGACUCUCUGCGUGUCGAGCUCUGCAUAUAACGCCACCUGUACGACACAUGCCCAAUGCCAGCUGCAACUCGGAGCUGGCGGUAUUUGCCAAACCAAUCGCUGUGGCUGCCGUAGCAAGCACUAUGCUAGAACUAAGCAAUAUCUGGAUCAGAAGACGAACAGUACUAUUUGUGAGCCACUUGUGCCCUACGGUGCAUACUGUCGCCGCAACGAGGACUGCCAGCGGAUGGAGCCCGAACACUUGCUGGAGUCAAGUAUGCAGUGCAAAUGGGGCGAAUGCCGUUGCCAAUCCAAUCAACGAGUGGCGGACACCGAGAUAUGCGUUCUGAACUCUGGAGCAGCUCUGCACCGACCGGAUAGCUCCCUGCCAAUCCUGCUAAUUCUAUUUGUUUGGCUUUUUAUUCUUGUAUCUAGAAUGUAAAAUAAAGUCGAACUUAAAUAAAAUCUUGUUAAGCGAAAA